AUCCGGUCCAUUCGGAGCAGGUACCGCGUACAGGCCUUUCUGAUCCUCGGCCACCACUUCUUCCUGCAGUCGCCGCUGCUGCUCGACAUCUUCGUAGUCUUGUUCAUCCUCGUCAGCAACUUCAUGAACCGCCAGAACACCGUCCCCAGCCAGCUCCUUGUCCAGGGCAUGCGUUUCCUCGCCAGCAAUCGGAGAGAGCUGCUC